GAAAAUUCAUACACGGAUGGCCUUGAAAACACUUGUUAUUAUCUCUUUUUAUAACACUUAAGAUAACCGCCAUGCCUUCGUGAUACCGUAGUUGCGAUUUGCUUGUUCGAUUGACUUGAAUAGGUCGUAAGGUGAUUGUUAUACCACUUCGACGAAACAGUGAAAGUGACCAAAACUUCACAAUGUCAAAAUCGUUACCUGUGUUAGCCUUAUUUUUAACGUUGAUGGGCGGAGUAUUCAUCGUGAUUGGUUUAGCUACGCCCAAUUGGAUAACCCGGAAUUCUGGGCAGUUCCACCAGGGCCUCUGGAAGUAUUGUGCCAAUAACAAUCCCUGCUUGAAGCUUGAGAGGGGACCAGAUUUUGCAGGGUGGCUACAGGCAGUCCGUGUGUUAGACAUUCUUGGUUUUCUAAAUUUACUGGUUGGCCUCAUUCUGUUGGUCAAUUACGUGAGACAAGAUGAAGGCCCACAGAGUCUCUACAGAAUCCGAAACAUUAUUGCCUUCUGUGUUGUGUCUUUUUGUUUCACCAUGUCCGGUAUAUUACUAUACGCUGCAAAGAAAAACCAAGGCUUCUUCGGGGGUCGGUAUGAUCCGAACGAGUACGAUUUUGGAUGGUCCUUUAGUCUUACGGCUGUUGGAGGAGUGCUCAUGUUCGGAAAUGCUGUGAUUCUGGCGAUCCAGCUUCGCAAAAAUACAAAACUAGGAACGUACGAGUCCAUCUGAAACUAUUGUUUCCAUCGUGCCAUCGUUUUGUUUAAGAGCUUAAACAGUUUGUAUGUCGAAUUAUGAGUGUUGUG